CACAGGAGGAGGAGGAGGAGGAGAAGGAGAAGGACACACAGACAGGAGAAGAGAAUUGUACCACCAGGAUGGGGGCUGGAAGCCCUGGUACCAACAUCUUCUGGGCACUCGCUCUGAUCUCCACCCUGUCACUCAUCCACCCCAGCGAGGACUCUAGAGGUAAUAAGGGGGUCCGGAUCAAAUCAGAGCCCAGGAAACCAGUCCGUUUUGGCCAAUUCACAUCUUCAUCAAAGGAUGAUCAGAGCGCUUUGUCCUUUGGAGAAGACACCUUCUUUAGCAUCCAUACCUGCUACGGGGUCAACAUCAGGAACUUCUCUUUCUUCCCCGGUGAGGAAGAAGUCCUUAUCCCACCCUUUGAGAAAUUCAAAGUCACCGAUUUCAAUACAGUGAGCAGAAAAAACAUCAUCACUCUCCAGUCUGUGGAAAAGUCCAGUGUGUACAAUUGUGAGUUUGUGAAAGAGAGAAGAUGCAAAGCCUCGUGGUGCCCUUUCAGUUCAGCCACAGGCCCCAGGGUGGAAAUUCUGAAGAUUAUUCCGAUCUGUUGGCUGAUAUUCCUAUGGGACCCUCUGGGGGCUCUGCUCUUACCCUGAUCCCCUGAUUCCUAUUGGCUGGAGCCAUUCCCCCAAGUGGCCUAGUGACUUUGCCCCAUCAGUGUCUCCUGCAACAUCUCAGUUGGAAUCAAUAUCUGCUCCACAACCUACAAGCCCUGAAUUCUGGUGAAUGUCUCAAAAAAAGGGAAACUCAAUACCCAUCCCAUGAGAAAUGAUAUACAGAGGUGGGGGCACCCCAAUAUACAUCUGUAAUUAUUGCACCACACGGAUGAAGAGGAUAAAUCAUACACAGGGGCUCAAACUGAUCAGUGACGACAUGGGUGGAAGGUGAUUCUGGCUCUCAGGGGAACAGAAUUGGGGGGUACAGUGAGCUCAGAACAUUUGUGAAUUUCCAUUUAUAUUCAGUAUGGUUUGCUGUGUGGGAGCUGAGCUUGGUCACAUAAGACCAUUUUUACAAAAUUAUUGCAUUUGUUGUUUACAGUGUUACAUAUAAAUACAAAUUAGAGGGCAAUAUACAUGGCCCGGUCCUACAGGCCUGCAGUGAUGACAAUAUUUACAAGUAGGACCCAAUGAGUGGGAACUGCCCUACUGGUCUUUGCCAGAGCCACCAGUUAAGUGUCAUCAAUAAACUCCCUUAAAGCAGUUGUGUCUAUUGGGCAAAUAAUAGGGGAGCGGUUGGUGUAACUGCAGGUGCAGCCACUGAAACGGCACAAGGAAUUGGGGUUAUCGCCCUUAUUGCCCCUAGGAAAGCCUCUGGGCUGCUCUCACACCUACAGGACAUUCCCUGAAACACAACUGUGAGGUAACUGUCUCCACAUCUGAAGCUUCGGGUUUCAGGUCUCACAAGUUUGGGAUGGGUCUAACUCUGUCUCCAUCUCUUGUGCUGUAUCCACGGCUGAGCUCUAUAAGGUUCAUGACAUUAUGUCAAUUAAACAGCUUCAUUAAUGAG